ACCAACAAAAUUUCUGACAUUGAUCAUUGAUGGCAUGGACCAGGCAAAGACAAACCUUCCACAGAUCUAGACCAGCCUAAUUGCAAAAUCACAGUCCAGUCUAUGGAAAUUAAGGACGCACGUUACUGGUGUGCUUGCCCACACGAAAAGUCCUCAUGGGAAAAUCGCUUUCACAUAUAUUGAUCUACUUCAAUAUCCACAUGGCAGCAAUUUGACCAUUACAAUCAUUUUGAAGGUUCUACUGAGCUUUGCUCGUACCAAGAAGAUGUUGCCUCAGAACCUAUUUCUCCAAAUGGACAACACAGCCCGAGAAAACAAGAAUAAGUAUGUUCUUGCCUUCUGCUCUAUGCUUGUGGAGCUCAACAUCUUCAAAAAGGUUCAGAUAAAUUUCUUACCCGUCGGGCACACGCACGAGGACGUGGACCAACUAUUUUCAAGAAUAGGUGACAAGAUACGGAGGGGAGGUUGUGAGUCAAUCCCAGGGCUUCUGGCAGCCAUCAGUGCAAGUUACACACCUAAUCCAACAUCAGAAAUGAUUGAUGGAGUUUGGGAUUUCAAGGCGUAUUUAGAGCCAUAUCUAAAUGGGGUUGAAGGGCACUCAAAGUAUGGAGUUUUUAGGUUCACGAAAGACAGUCUUGGACAUGCAGAGAUGCAUUACAAGAAAUGGUCAACUGAUCCAUGGGAACCCAACAAAGAGGUGGAAAAUCAGGUCCUGAUUGAACCGGGCUUGAAAAUUAUCAAGGAAAUAUCUGAUUGUUUGGAGAAGCCUACUUUAAUGACACCCGAAUUAGGGAAACUCGACCUUCCUCGAUUUGUUGGUGAUCUGAAGAAGUAUUGACCCUGGUUGUGUUCUAGUGCGUGGAGUCAUUGGGAAGAGUUUAUCGAAACCAUUGACGAAUUGUCCAGUGUUCCUUUUAUCACGUGGGACAUACACCAGCUGAUCUCAACAUCAAUUAUUUCUGCUCACAAGGUGACUACCAACCCGGAGCUAGGUCAAGACCUGACAAAGCUCCUUGAUAAGGACAAAACUCCUUCCAAAAAGAUUAAAAUCCGGAAGACCAGAGCCCCACAAGCAAGUCUGCAGCAGAUGGUGAACCCACGAGAGUACAAUCGAGCCAAUAUACCAGUCCAGCUGAAAUAGAUAUUGAAACCUUGGGUGCAGCAGAACCCCCUGAAGUAGUCCAGCCUCAAGUAGGUGCAUUUGUAGCAGUGUAUUUGGAUAAAUACUCAAUGGAGAAGUUUCCACUGAUUGGAAAGGUAACUGCUAUUAACCCGAAUGGAAACCACCUUCAGCUUGACUGGUACGUUGGCUCGUACUCUGGAGUAUGGCGGGUAUGCAAGCAAAGGAAGGUUGUCUGGAGCGAGGAGGUGAAGGUUGACUGUAUCUUAACCACCGUAGCAUUCACGGAUGCGAUGAGAUUGUCACGGUCGAUGGUUCAAAAUCUCAAGACUCGAUACGAAAAAUACCUCUGAACUACAUUGUGUAACAGUUAUUUAGUGUUGUACUUGCUUCUGUUAACUUAUUAACUUUGCAUGCAUGCAUGUACUCUAGCAUAAUUAUGUUCAUUGUCAACCAAGGACCCACACGUGGGCCCUUGGUCUUCACCAGCACCGUUUAUUAACAUACCAAGGACCCACGUGUGGGUCCUUGGUCUUCACUCGCACAGUUCAUUGUCAACCAAGGACCCACACGUGGGUCCUUGGUCUUCACCAGCACCAUUUAUUAACAUACCAAGGACCCACGUGUGGGUCCUUGGUCUUCACUCGCACAGUUCAUUGUCAACCAAGGACCCACACGUGGGCCAUGAUAAAUCUAGGGACCCAUGUAUUGAUAAAUUUUUCAAAUCAGUACAACCACAGAUUGUUGAUGUAAUUAUGAAGAAAAAAGUGGCCUAUAAUUUGAAUAGUAUUGAGCACCAAGGUAUAACUGGGGUCCCAGGAAAUGACACUAUUGAACUCAACAACACUCACAAAUCCACUACAAUGUGAACAAGCAGUUUCAAAAAAGUGCUGAUUGUUCAUACCCCCAAAAUGUAAAUAACUAAAAAACACACUGUGAAACAAAGGACCCCCCAAAGAGACACUUUUAUUGAACUUUAAGCAGCCUAUAGUUAUUGUUUGAGGGGUUUCUAUGGGCUAUCUUGAGACCAAGUCAAAAUAG